UUUUUUAUUUCCACAACAGUUACAUCUUUGUCUCUUCUGCUGGACCAAAUCUAUUGAGAGAGAUUGAAACAGAAGAAGCUAUCUCUCUCUUCUCUGCUCUGCUCUCUCAAAGAGAGAUUGAAAGAGACAUUUGACAUCCCAAAACCAAAAGAAAAAGCUUUCUAUGCUGUCAUCAGCAAAGCAUAAGAUCAACUAUAGUGCUUUUUCAAUUCCCUCAUCAACUUCAUCCUCAUUAUCUCAUUCCCUUUCACAAACCAAGAACAUGACUCAAGUCACUAUGGAAGAAGUAUGGAAAGAAAUAAACCUUGCUUCGCUUCACCAACAUCGCCGGCUAAACAUUGAUCAUGAGCCAGUGUUGAGUAACCAAAACCCUAAUAACUCCAUCUUCCAAGAUUUCCUCAACAAGCCUUUGAAUCAGGAACCACCACCUUCGUCUUCCUCCACUCACCACGGCUCUCUUCUUGCUCCUCCUGCAACUGUUAUCAGCUUCAACCCUCACUCCAUUGAUACCCACUUUGAUGAAUCUGCGAUGUUUGGUUGCUUUGGGAAGAAAAGAGGCCAAGAUUCUGAUGAAAGCAGAGGAGACAAAAGGCAUAAGCGUAUGACCAAGAACAGAGAAUCUGCUGCUCGUUCCAGAGCUAGGAAACAGGCAUAUAUAAACGAGCUGGAGCUUGAAAUCGUUCACUUGAAGAAGGAAAAUGCAAGACUCAAGAGACAAGAAGAGCAGAUGCAGUUGAAAAUGGCUGAAGCAACUCAACACCAAACAAAGAAAAUACUUCAACGGUCUUGGACAUCUCCUUUUUGAGAAAAUCAACAAGUCAUCAUGGUGCAGAGACGCAAGAAAAGAUCUGUACAUUUUUACCUAAGGUAAACCUGGCGAUGUAGUAUUUUAGGGAGUGUAGAAAUGUAUCAAGAGAGAAAAAAAAAAACUUCUGAAUUAUGUACUGUUUUCUACUUAAUCUACGCUCUAGUGCAAAUCACAGUAACAUAUGAGGUUCUGUUGUCACUUUUCACUGUUAAUGUUUCAUUACUGCACUGUAAUACUUGUUCACUAUCAGUUGUUGACUUCUUCUUCUUGUGUAUACUUCAUUAGCAACUAAAAAGAGAGAGACAAAU